AUGUGCACUGCCCUCAUCAUAACUCCUGGAACUUUUGCUAUUGUUCCGAAAGUAAAGUCCGUGUAAGUGGUCGACAAAUUCCAAAAGAAAGAGAUCAGCAAAGGAAUUUGUCGGGAUAGUUAGAACGCUUAGUCCAUGAAUGUCUUAAGUGCCACCAAAAAUGCAGACCUAUCAGAGAGAUUAAUCACCAAAAACGAAAUUGUGGAACAAUAGUACCACAAGUAAUCUGUGUGUACCUUUCAAGUAAGAAUAGGUUCUUAGCCGAAAGAGAAAAGCAGUUAAAUUCCAAAUUAAAAUUUCUUAAAAGAACAGCUACCGUAGAUUCAAAAGUACGAAGUAUUUAAGCAGACAGAUUCGGCUGCAAUCGGUCUUCUUGAAAUGCACUUUUGUUUCAGACUGCCCCAUAACCCUUGACCUAAGGACGCGUGCCGAGCAGUCGCGAAAAUGUUGUAGGAGGGGAAACAAGGAUGAAGACUUUUAACGAUUUUACUAACACGAAGCAGGCAGAAAUGCAGCUGUCGAUCACAACGCCCCCUUAACUUCACCGGCGAACUCUGUCCAAUGGUUGGAAGGCUUUUUACCAUCCGAAACACUCCAGGCUGUGUACAAUAUCCCCUGACCGGGUGCAAGUAGGAAACGACAUAACAUGGAAAUAGAAAAGAGGCAAAUUCAGGGUAUUUGCACAUGUGGCAAGCGUGUCGAUAGUCGAUGAUGGUCGCGAAUUCUGAGAAUCGGGGCUUCGAUUCGUUUUCGGACUGUGUGAAAUUCGAAUUUAUAAAGUGCGUUGUAUUGGCCGUCAUUUCUAGCGUAAGGAGAAAGCUCAGUGUCACUUGAAUUCUCGUCAUCUCUCUUCCUGAACACAGUGACUACAAGUACUGAAGGCGGAACAGUAAGUCUUUAUAACUUGAAAGCAAAAUUCGAAGCGACUGUGGGUUACCAACAUAGUUACUGGUAGGGAUGGGGGCAGGAAGAGACGGUUCAGCGACCCCCUUCGUAUUCAAGCCUCAGAUGUCUUAUCUGUGUAGAUGAUGAAAAUUUAACGUCACAAUAGCAUAUGAUAACGACUACAAAAUUACACCUUUAAAUGGCAGAUCGAGGAAACCUUAAAUUGAAGUCAAUACUUGUUGACAAGCUCUGUUAGUAUACUCACUGAGAUGGGAGAAGACAAACGCCAAACUUAUGAGAAGGCGUAGUAUGAAGUUAACAAAUGUUAACCUUCGUGUGGGCGGGAAAUUUGACCGUGCCUUAUUAGUAUUCACAUGCUGCUUUUCCUGUUAUAAUAUGACAGCUCAACUGUCGAUGCCGACGAUGUCUACCGUGUGCUCCACAGCAAGGUGAAGCAGGUGCGGUGACUUGCGCAGCACUUUCCUCACUAUCUCCUCUUCCCGCUUGAACCCAGUGUCAAGACAUGGUCAAGAUGACCGGAGGUAGGAGAGGUGUCAAGUGGACGACACGGUCGCACCUGUAACUAGGCGUACCACCACACCCCCUAGUACAAAAUAUACACCUGACCAGGAUUUUAGCCAGCAACAGCAAAAUAACGAGUCAGAAAUAGGAGGACGACUGGACAACUAUGCACAUGACGUGCAUACCCAGCAGAAACGCAAGCAUAUCUACUAGUAGGGAACCAAAUGCCUGAGAACUGCCAGAGCACACCAGGUUGCGAGGGCCAUGGUUUGCUGAAUCAUGGCACAGCAGACGCACACACUCCUUAAAGCCCAGUAGGGUGAGAAGCAGCCCUGCACUUAGCCUGGGCCAUCAACCUUCAAAGACAGGGUAACCAGUCAGUCAUCGACUGAGGGGCACUAAACAUAUAUACACCCACACACACUCCUCACAUGCGUGAGAGUGCUAGAGGUCAUGUUGCGGUCUAACCACCAACCCGUCAGUUCGCCACUUCAUACAAACACAUAGAACUGUGCAGACUGCGUGGACUGAGUUGGGGUGUCAGUCGGCAGCCUUCCAAGCCACGGCGCUUGGCGCAUCGUGAUAGUCUCUGACUCGAAUCACACGUCCGCCAGAGGAACCACAUGUGGGGGGAGCCGAGGGGCACACUUCCCACUUAAGCGAGAGGUGGCAGUUGAGUGCUUUGCGUUGUAUGGUGCAGAUGCUGGUGGCGGAAGGUGCGGUGAUAUGGUGGUGUAGUCGGUGGUUGUCUACCACAGGCCCUCAUGUAAGCGCAAUUACCUCGGGGGAGGGGGGGGCACGCGGGGGCUGAGUGUGCGGGAACAGUGAGGGCAGUUGAGGCGGAUGCGGCAAGUGUAGGUUGGUGCUGCAGGCACUGGUUGCCCAGUAACUGAACGGUGGAUUCGCCAGUGGCCGACCAGGUCGAUUUGUUAUAAUAACGAAUUCGCUUUUACAUAAGUAAAACUGAGCCCUCGUUGUAGCCACUUAAAACCGACAGUGAAACUUUACCGCCAACUGAAAUUUCAAGUUAUUUUUCUGUGUCACUAGUCGUCUUCACUGAUUACGUUCAAAAUAUUAUAAAAACUGUUAGUUACAAUCGGAAGUGGUCUUGCUGGAUGAUGCAAACAGGCCCGAGCGUUCUUUGGGUUCUUGGACUAUUACUGAGGCUGAACCGCCGCCGAAUAUCAAGUUUUGCGGCUGGGCCAUGGAUAAACAUCAAAAUUUUCCCAUGCAACAUAUUCUGUGACUAUUUCCUAUUAAAAAGAACUCGGAAUACAUCCGCAAGCAUCAGUAAAAUAAAAGUUACGAUAAUAUAUGCGAGCCAAUACCGUGCGUUCUAUACUAGAUUAGAAAUGUAUAAUGUUUUUUCCGAGUGCACUGAGCCUCAUUCACACUAAUGGCUACACGGAGAGCCACCGGACAUGAGUAGCUGCUUAAUAGUUAACACUGCCCUAAGCUUCCUCUCUGACUGCAGGAAAUGAUUUAUCCGAACUGAACAAGGCAAAGACGACGAAACAUGCAGAAUUUGAUGACGUCAUAAAAUCUCGUAACCUCUUAUUCAAUUGUAUAUGGCCAUUGUGUAUUAAUAUGAUAAGACAAACUGCUCAAUCAGAGAUCGACCUAGGGGGUUCAAAGGUGAAAGGUAAGUAAAACAUGGACUGUUGGUCUGGUAUGCGACCGGGCGUGGCGAGGGGGAGAGAGUUAUCUAAGCAGUCGAGUUCAGAUUACAGUGAAAAACUUGUCGGAUGUGAUUAAAAUUGCAACGCGCGGACAGCAGUGAGCCAUGCAGAGGGGACGAGGGAAAGUGAGAGGGUAGAUGUGGGAAUAGGAUUAAUUCCAUUAUCGAUCCUUAACAUGGCAGUGCGAGGUUGAUCCCGUGAUCCAGUUGCUUACAGAGCCCUGAUUUUUCUCCUCCGUAUUGCAGCGGCCUCUGCAAAGUGAAGAUGACUCUCAGUUGUCGUCCGUAGAAGGACCGUAAAUGCAGUCAUUGGGUCCACAAUAUGAUCCAUAUCCACUAGGUGCUUCGUAAUUGAACUCUGGGAGACCUUAUUUUCCGCCCUUUCCAGCAACUUCUGCAUGCGUCCAGCUGACCGAACUGCCAGCCGUCUUUGCGUGCGCCCACUGUAUUUGGUCCGCAACUACAUGUAACCUCAUAAAUACAGUUUGAUGUGGCGUUCAUAGUCAGAAUGUCUUUAGUUGGCUGACCACUGCCCAGCGCGUUGCAGUUUUAAACACACUCAACAGGUUUUCACUGUAAUCUGAACUCGCUUGCUUAGAUAACUCCCUCCCCCUCGCUGUGCUUGCUCGCACAGCAGACCAACAGUCCAUUUUUUACUUACCUAUCACCUUUAAACCCCCUAGGUUGAUCGGUAAUUGAACAGUUUGUCUUAUCUUAUAAAUACGCAAUGACCAUGUAUAGUUGACUCGGAGGUUAUGAGAUUUUAUGACGUCAUUAAAUUCUGCACGUUUCGUCGCCUUUGUGUUGUUAAAAUUUAUUCCUGGAAGGCAUUGCUUCAGUUUAUCAAGAUCUCGCCUCCGGUCUUCAUGACGCCUUCCUGACACCGGCCCCAGGUUUAUGAGGGAGGAGGGAAUGCGGUAGAUGCUACGCAAAUCACCGCUACCACCGCUAUGAAUUAAUCCAUGUGAAAGUCAAGAACCCCGCGCACACCACGCUAUGGGACACACGGUGUAAAUGGUCAUAAUCGACGGUCGAAAUGCCAUCUCGGUACUGAUUCGGUUAUCUUCGUAUGGAGAUAACAUAUCCCUACAAAUAAACGUGUAUCUAGUUGUCUUAACAUCCAUUAGGUAUUGACCAGAGUUCAUAAAAACAGUUUUUCAGCCCUCUGUGUUCUAGGCGAAUGUUUUGACUGCUUGCGGAUUGUGAUAGUGAUGCCCAGAAUUGCGGCAUAGCGAAUCCAACGCUAUUACUGCAGGCAAUAAAGAUAGUUCAGUCAGUUUAUUUUAUCCUUCGUUUAUUCAAAUAAUGCGUAUGACAUGCUCCGUCAGUCAUCUGAAGGAAUCACGUUUUGUACAAAAUAAAUGCAAAUUAUAACAAAUCUUUCAAUUCGGUUUCCGCGAUUUUGCAGGAUUCAUCUGCGCAAUUUGGAUAAGGUUGCCGCUAGUUUCUGCACCCAGGCACUCUAAAAAGUUUUCCAAGGUUCUUUCAAAAAAUAAAUAUUUUGGUAGUAGUAAGCUGAGCAGAUAAGGCGUUUGCAGGAAGAGAGCGAGAGACUCCCGCAUUUAAAGUAGCCAUCCCCGUCAAAGGCUUUCGUUAAGUUCAUGAAGAUAGUGUACAGAUGGGGUCCGCAUCUCCUGGCACUUCCCCCGUAGCUGGCGAGCGACAAAGACCAUGUCGGUGGUUCCGCGGGAUCGACGGAAGCCACAUUGGCUUUUCGGCAACAGUCCUUGCAUGAGGUGGCCAUUGCGACGACUGAGGAGAUGAACGAAAACCUUCCCGGAAGAUUCUGAGUAGCGAAAUGCUUCUGAGGUUAUCACAGAGUUACUGGUUCCCUUUGAGUUUGUAAAGGUCGCUUUCUUGAAGUUCUGCGGGACCUGUCCUUGUCACCGCACCUCCUGGAAAAGAGUCGUGAGUUAGUCCAUCAGUUGGUGGCCGCCGUGACUGAAGAUUUAAGGUGGGACAUUAUCGGAGCCUGGUGAUUUCCCGCUGGAGAGUUGUUGCACGGCGCGAAUGUUUUCUGGAAAGGAGGAUACACUUGACACCAUCGAGUCUUCGCGAAGGUGUUUUCGUCUGGAGCUUAGAGGUCUUGCAGGCGCUGGGUCAGCUGAUUGCUGAAGUGCAAAUAGUGAGCGGGCAACUUCAACAGAACAGUAUUCAACUUACCCGGUGGUGGCUUACUGUGUGGCCUCCGGCGGAGUUGCAGGCGACGCCUCAUCUUGAAGAUGACGAGGCGGUAAUACGUCCACCCAGCGGUGCUGCUCUUUCGUCUCCGUGGGAAUUUUGGGGCGGGAGAUUACGUCGGAGCCUGGUGAUUACCCGCUGGAGAGUUGUUGCACGGCGCGAAUGGUUUCUGGAAGGGAGGGCAGGAGAUCCGGGUGACUAAAUAAUGCAGUGCCAAACUACGGGUAUGUGAAUUAACGCAAUAUUAGAGGUUCGGAAACUUAUCGCAAGAACGAAUAAUUAAUUAAAAGUGAAUAUACGAAUAGCUAUGGAAGUUGACUUGCAAUCGUUCGAAUUAAAAGCCAAAGCCACUGGGAGGGCGGGCGGCCGGGCGGAGACCGGUAAACAAACCAAAGGAGAAGGGCGAAACCGAAGUGUGUAAAGUAAUAACGAAAACCUGUUAAGGCAAGCAUAUUAGCACGUUUUUGUGUGCAGCAACUAUUUGGGGUCCUUCACCCUACCGUUACCGAGAUAUAUUGCUUGAGGGCUGUGGCGAGUCAUGUGUUUCACCACUAGCAGUACAAGAAAAAGACUUUCAUUCAAAGCUAGGAAGAAAGAUAGACACUGGCCUGAAAACUGAAAGUAGACAACCGACAAUCUCCCGCCAGGUCGUUCCUGCUAAAAUGAGUCCAGUUCGCAGCAGUCAGACAGCUUUUUUCCAAGUGCUUAUCUCUAUUGCAAAAAGCUCCUUGUAAUGUCAUCAAGGUGAACACUUGAUUUCUGGGGAAAAUGAAUUUUUCCAAAUUCCGGUAGGACUGACUUAUGCGAUCUCCUAAACAGGGCAUGGGAUCAGGUACGCCCAACCCAAGUAAUAAAGGUCAACCUGCGCAUAGUUCCAGAAGGCGCUAAAUAUUUCCAUAUCCUAACCCCAAAAAUAACCUUGGUAUAAAAACAAACCGUUCCCCUUAUCUGGUUCCUAACUCUUCCCUAGACCUUACCUCUGCAGUUAACACGAACCCAUGCCUUAAUCCGUAGCUUGCUCCUGCCUUUCUUUACCGUCAACUUCAAAUCUAGCUCUAAACCUAGUCCAUAACCUAACCUUGAUUUCGCUGGAAGUUUGCUCAAAGUCACCCGUGUUGCAGGCGGACCCUUUUCUCGUGUCCUGUUCAGAGGGUAAUUUGAGUCAGUCCUACAAAAUUUUCCAUUUGCAUGUUGCCGCCAUGGGACAGAAAUCGAAAUUAUGCGUUCCUAGACAUAAUUACGGAAAAGCGAUUUCAGGAGUCAUUCCACUUAUAUCCUCUGAACGUGGACAAACGUUUAUUAUUGAAGGUAAUAAACGAAGAUGCUCAGUAGUAAGAACAGACGACAGCCGAUGCGAAAACCCUCCCCUGACUUCAGUUGCUGCAGCGGAAACGCGUCGGCUUUAUUUUCCUGAGCGCCCCGAUCACUGGGACGGUGGGUCGCCUUCGUCGCUGUUUUAGAUUUUGUAGAAAACUUGCACACAACUGGAUUUGCGGACUAAAGGUCAUUUUCGCGGCAUUUCGGAGGCUGGCGAAUGAUGGCGUCUUUUAAUGCAUCGCUAUGCUUAGGGCCCCUUUAGACCUUUGGCGCCCAUGAAUAUUCAGGCUGGAUUGCCAACACUCACUGGUGAGCAGCAAGCGUUGACUCAACUUCGAAAUUUCAGGGCUUAUCAUCUGAUUCGGAUAUAUUUCAGAAUUGAAAAGUCCCUGUUUAUUAAGGGUAGAAUGCUUUUUAAAUCACCCGUCUAAAAAGAAGGGUUAGAUCGCAGUUGAUAGGCAGGAAUGGGAAAGCGAGUGGGAAGGUCCCUGUCUAAUGCCUACCCCUAACCCUAAUCUUAAUUGUAGCCCUAACGGGAACCUUAACCCUAACCCUAACCGAAAGUUGAAACCUAAACGUAAACCAUAAGCAUAGCCCAAACUCUAAAACCUAACCGCAACCGUAAUAUUGAAACCUAAUCGUAAACUCUAACCCUAACCCUAAACCGCAAACCUAACCUUGAAUCCUAACCCUAACCCGAAAAUCGGAAACUAUAAACCGGAACCCCAAUCCUAACCUCAACCGUAAAACGGAAGCCAAAUGUUCUAACCCUAAACCUAAAGUUGAACGCCAAAGCCAAACCGUAAUCGUAAACCUAAACCCUAACCCUUACACUGAAACCUGACCCUAAAACGCAAACCCUAAUCCUAAAACCUAACCUACGCCUAACCCUUAACCUCACUAAACCCAACAGCCUGACAGAAACGGACGACCUCACUAACUCAUUAGAAGCACACUGACUGAUAACAAGUUCCCUAGGCAAGGUAAACACACGCACUGAUAACAAGUAAGUACGUCGACAGUAUCAACGUAUAAAGUCUGGCUACCAACUGCAAUCUACCAAAAGAAGGCAUAUGUCAGAUAAUUUUUGGCACAAGUACGAUGGGCUUCGGUCAUUGCCAUCGUUCUUGUUGUUGCUCGCAAGGUUACAUAUGUCCUUGCCAGUAUCUUCUAGUAAAUUAUGUGUUUCACGAUUUGCCGUCAUUGUAUGUAAAACAGCCCAUAAAAAUCAUUAAGAUGGGUCUUAAAUCAUGAAACGGAAGGGCAUGUUUUUAUAAAAUUGUUGAAAACAAUUAUAUUCACUAUAUGUAUGGACAGUAUUUGAAACUGACGUGGACAAAUAUUUAUCAUUUGCUGACGGUCUGUUUGUAGUCGUUUACAAUUCAAAACAUGUCCUUCUAGAUAACUUGUCUGGAGACACAAAGUCAAAAACGGCUGCCACAAUUAGACUCGAAGAUUCACAUUUUAAAGGUAAUGCGUGGUGGAUUAGUUUCCCGGUUUGUCGCAACUAAUAACAUGAUUAGGUUUUUCCAAAAGAGAGCACUCUAUUGGCUCCCGUUAAAGUUUGCAGGAGUCUUGAGGCGCAUGCUUAAAAACAUUAAUGUUUGUUCUACGCUGUAGCCACAGCUUCCUGAAAGGGGAUUGGGCAUGACACGAUCGAUGGUAAGAAACACCGCUUGUCUUUAUCUUUGAGUGAAAGUUCCAGACUGCAUCUUAAAGUAGCCGCGGAAAAGUAACCACGCAUGAUUAUUUGUGAUUGGCUCUAGGAACUUUCGCGCUUACUAUUUACAGGUAGUCUGAAUGUUUUCCAAUAAGUUUUUGCAGAAGAUGAAACCGUUCCUCCUGUCGAUGAUAACUUGUCUGUUGCUAUCGAAUACAGGCACAUGUAGGUUUGCUUGUAUGAAAUGCUUUAACAGUUUUAUACGACAUUCCCUUUAUGUGAAAUUGCAUUAUAUUUUGCAAGCAAAGAAAAAAUUUCACUUUGUUUUGACAAGAUAAUUGUAUCAUUUGCAUCAGGUAUUUCUACGUUGAAAGGAUUCCCGGCAGAUUGUGGAACCCCUAAAGUACCUCGACUGUGGAAGGAAGAGGCCAUGUACUCAAAAACACAAGCAACCGCACACAGUUGGCCCUGGCUUGUAAAUCCAUUGCGAUAUUUUCACAGCAUAUGUUUUGUCUCGUUAAAAUUUGUGAUUAGCUGUGAGUUCCAAAGACCGAUUAUUAUCAACUAACCGGCGAGUCCAUCGCUGAUGCUUACGAUACAAAAAUAAGAAAGGGUGUAAAAAAAUUAUUUGAUUUUAUUAUUUGGUUAAUGACAGGUAAUUAAAAAUGAUCAUCUGUAUUGUACUAUCCCACAAACGUAAACCGAGAAUAAUUUUGAACGUAAACACACGCUGCCUGCCUCGUAAACCACUCAGCGAAAAAAUUUGUACGCUAAAACUUAGGAAUAGAAAGCCUUCCUUAAGUGUCUCUUAGUGUUUAAACGAGUAGAUACACGGAAAUACUUGCCUGGGAUUAUUGAAAUGUCCUGUAAUUUUCAUAUUGUUCUGCUUCAGCCACUUCAAGUAUCUGACUUGGGAUAUAACUGUAAAUAGGAUCAGGAUAUUUUCUGAGAGAAAUGUAAGUGACACAUGGACACUGUAUAAUGCGCUACCCAGCUUGCAAAAUGCUGCAAGAAACGAGAAACGCAGACAGCACCUUCUUACGCAAUUCCUUAAAAUUCCGAAAAUGCGAGUUCACUUGUUGCCGCUAGCCAUUUCGCUAUUGCAUGAUACGGCGUGUUCCUCAUAUCGAGGAUUGGACAUACCGAUGUGCCAUUUUUGUGGAUAUUCGACAAGCCAUAUAACCGAGGUAUAUGCGUGCCGACGGGUCGGAGGCGCUCUGUGUCGGGUUCGCUUAUGCAGCCAUCCGCUUGAAGUCUUUUCAACCAGCCAGUCAUUUGUGCUUCAAUCUCAUCUGUACGAUCCUUCUCCCUUUCGGUCUCUCUAAACUUUUACUGAUCCGACAGAAUUGCCUGUAUUUUUGUAAUGUAGUCCACCCUGUCCAUCAAAAUAACGCCAGUUCCCUUAUCUGAUCUAGUUAUUAGGGGGUCUUUGUUCUGACAGAGUUGCCCUAACUUCUCCACGUGUGACUUCGUCAGCAAGUCCCGAUAAUUAUGACGAUUAUUCUGGCAUUGAUAGCACAACUGACUGACUGUUUGAAAGGACUUCAGGCGGACUUCAGCUGUACCUUGAACGUGCAGCUCCUAUUUGACAACAAUCUAUAUAGACAGAUGGACGGCGUAGAUAUGGGCUCGCCCCUUGCCCCGCUUCUGGCGAAGAUAUUCAUGCGCAAGUUAGAGGCUUUGUAGUUACGUCACCAGAUCAACAGUCUGAAAUAAAAUGGACGAUACGUGGAUGAUAUAUUCGCAAUUGCACCGAACCAAAGAGACAGCUCAAUUCUACUGGGUGAUAUAAAUCAGGCGCACCCAGCAAUCAAAUUAACUCUGGAAGAACAGUCCGGUUCACUUCCAUUUCUGGAUGUGCUUCUGAGUAGAAUGCCUGACGGCAACAUUCGACGUAGCGCUUAUCGUAAGAAAACGUGGUCCGGGCAAUACACCCAUUUUGGGAGUUUCGUACCGCUAAACUUUAAACGUAAUUUAGUCCGCUGUUUGACAGAAAGAGUGGGAAGAAUCUGCUCAGCUGACGGCGGCGAGAAAGAGCUUAAAAUCGUCGAAAGCCUUUUUCGUCAAAACGGGUAUCCUGAUCGAUACAUUGAUGAAAACAUGACCGAAAGACCACCAAAGCCACCGAUACUGACGGUAGGAAAGAAAAGGCUCUUCAUCAGGGUCCCACUUCAAAGGGAUACACCAAGUGAACUUUUAAGAAGACGCCUUACUCAAGGUGUAUCACAGACCAUUCCAGCAGCUGAAACCCGUGUACUGUUCUCCAAUAGUCCCAUCCUAUACGGCCAGGUCAAGGACAGACUACCUGCUCAGACCACCCUUAAGUGUAUUUGGUCCUUCACCUGCUGCUGUGGGACAGAAUAUAUUGAUCUUACGAGCCGGCGUUUGUCCAAAAGAAUAAAAGAGCAUCUUCCAGCAUGGUUAGGAAAGGCUCAAAUAAAGAACAACAACAGCUCGGUCCUCGCGCACAUGGUAGACAGACCACCGUGUAGACGCCAGAGACACCUUCAGAGUGAGUUACAAGGUCCCGUCAAGCUAUCCAAAACUACUGGGGCAGCGGCUGUUGGCUACGACAGAGGCGGCUGCAAUCAGGCUACGCGAACCGGUCCUAUGAGCACAGAAGAACUUCAUACAGGUCCCACGGCUGUCAUGUUUCAAAGCCACUAAAUUAGCCAUCCGAAUAUAAUUACCUUCCUGGGGGACCCACCUUCUCUCUGGCGCUGACCGAACUUUUGGUUUUUCACUUUCCCCUCCCCUCCCCUCUCCAAACCCGAGCUACAGCAUAAUUAUCUACUUGCUCGUAUCUAUUUAUUCAUUACUUCAAUAGCCAUAUAAAUGUACAGGUCUGAAGUGAAUUUGUCGAAAGCAGACGUAUGUUCGCCAACUUGCCUUUUGAAUGCAUAAUUGCGUGGGUAGUGCGCAAGUAAACAAUAUUACUACCAUCGACGGUACCAGUAGGCCAAAUUGUCGAGCAAUUAUCACCAAAAGCGGCGCGGAAAUCGCAGUUUCUAACUACCCGGAAAGGAAUGAUGCAGCCAGUGCCACACAGAGCGCGACAAUAUGUAAUAAAUGCUGAACGCUACCAGUUGUAAUCGGCUUGUGAUUAUGAGCGUAGCACUUCCUGUCCGUCCACCACUGCUGACCGGUGCUGUCUCCGAUGACAGGCUCGAGAGUGAAUACGGACGGACAAGUGGAGAAUCUUCUUGUCAAAAUGUCCGUGUCUACCAUUUCUCCAGAAAUAAUUAACACAUCUACGUAUUAUUCCUAUCCCCAUGAAAUGCCAGUUAGUUGCUACAUUAUGAAAGGAGGCACACUUGCAGAUUUCAGCUAAUAGUUUUGUGACCUCUAUUCAUAGUAUUUGCGCGUUUUUAAUCUGCUCUCUGAUGCUAUAUUUUGCAAAGCGAAACCUUAACAAAUAAUGGAGUAUCCACGAUCUAUGAUUAGAACACUAACAUAUACCUUCAACGUUGUAGCAUCGCAGUCGUUUUGUUUCACUUAAACUUUUAAUUGCUUAUUAUCUUUUAGGUAGGACUGUGGUCCGGCAACAGAGGCCAGCAUCCGUUUUGCGGAGGAACACUAAUUAGUGAUAAGCUGGUACUUACAUCAGCCCGCUGUAUUCGAUCACUCAUUACGUGUGACGACAUGCCUGCUGGGAAGACAUUUAAUAUUACGACUGUCACCGGAGACACACUCCUUGCUCAUCUUGGCGAACACACAUUUACCAAUCCUAAUUCAUCACUCCAGUCCCUAAAAAUAGAACUUGUUCAGAUACAUCCAACGUUCAAAAAUGAAUCGGGAAGUGCUAGUGCAGACGUGGCCCUACUGCAGCUUUCUGAAAAAGCUAAAAGAAGUAUGAUAAAACAUUACUUUUUCCGAUUUUUGAUUAAAUAGCUGGUGACUUUGCUGAGAAUAACGGAUUUUUAGGUGGUAGGCACACAACUGUAGUCAAACUGGUAGAGCUAAGCUCUUGAGGAAAUUCUAAAUUUUGGUUUUCCUAUACCUAAGGAGAAUAAUUUGGUCAGUAGUAGUAGAAGAUUGUGAUAUUUUAACAGGCAAAUCCGAAAAAGCCUUGAUUGUAUGACUAAUUCGACAAAAGUGAACCGAAAUACUCUCCUUUCGAAACUAUUAUAUGUUCUAGAGUUUACUGCAGAUGUGGCGGUUCUAUAUGAAGAGGUUUAUAUGCGCUGGACGUUAAAGUUGAUGUUUAUUCCACAAAAAUCCGUUCGAAAUCUUAUAUUAUCAAAAGUUAGCGGGCAUUCCUAAGUUCAUUGAAGAUAACGACACCCCUGAAAAUAAGAGCCACGGGUUAUUUGGAAGAUCAAUAGUCCUACAAUCUAAUAGUAUUCUAAAAGUUUUCACCUUGUGCCCGGUGAAAUCAGAAGCGUAACGCAGGUAAUAUGUUAGUCAGUGAGCUUUUGACAAUUUUUGCAAUUAUAUCUGUACAUAUUCUUACCUGGAAAUUUUAAGAAACGAAACAGCACUAAUAUCAAAGUAGACAACGUCAUGUUUUCUUCCAAUUAAAAUAACGUUCAUGAUGCUCAGCUUCAAUUCUCACCGUCAUUCCGUUAUACUGUCAUUUCCUAAUUAUGUUCAAAGCUGUGGUACUUAUGAAAGCAUUAUUUGGAACUACUACAUGUUCAUGAGUCAUCUAUAGUGAGUAAAGAUAGAUGCUUUAUUUAAUCUAAAUUUAUUCCAAAAUCGUGAUACCAAGUGUCCCCAUAACUCAUUAUCACAUAUGGCUUCUCCAACUUGUCGCUCACGAAACUGUUGGACAGUUGAGUGAAUAAAGGCUAACAAACACACUUUCAUUCUGAAAUGGAACAUAUGUUUGGGGACUAGCUGCAUCCGUGACAAACAGGCACCUUUCAGGUCCCAGUCUUAACGAAACCCAGCUGGCAUUCCUAUAUCACUGAAUCUAGCAGCAUUCCUGCAGAUAGGGACUACAGUGGUUUCAGGGGAUAGUAAUCGGACACAUCUAGUAGAAAUCAAACAAAUUUUUCGUUUUAUUUUCAAUGAAAUCGAGAAAUUGGCAUAAAAGAUUAUUUUCUCCAGUUGGUCUUAUGCAGUUGCUUCAAGGUUCUGCAUAUAUUUUUCCUGUUUUUGCCUCUAAUAGCCGAGACGGUGGAUUACAUUUGCGUUCCAAGUGCAGAACUAAAGUUGCAAUCAAAAGAUGUUUGCUAUUAUGCCGGAUGGGGUGCAGUCUUGAGGCGAGGUACUGUUAAGGAAUGGAAGAAUCCGAGAGUACUCAGAGAGGCCGAAGUUUCUAUUGCUGGACACGAGAAAUGCACGGCAUCGACGUUUCCAAUCAGCGAGGAUAAAAACAGUUGCAUUGAAGUUGAAGCAAGGGUAAGCCAUAGAUGCUUCACGAAAAAACUGAUUUUUGAAUUUAAAAAAAACAUAGAAAAACACGAUAACGCCGAAAGUUGAGGAAUAUGGUCUCUACCAAUAAAAAAGUGUUAUUUUUGAAUGUUAAAUAAUUAAGAAUAAGAAGUUGGAGUGUUUAGAGGGCUUGAAGAAUUUUAGAAUGCGUGAUGAUUCCAUGACUGGCAUUGGUCUAUUUCUUGUUGGAAUCGUUUUAGUCGGUUCUUUACCCCUUUAAAUUGCUAGGUUUUCUAUGUGGAAGUUAAAAAUGGUUCACUCAGAAAAUCAAACAUGUAGAGGAAACAUAAGUCCAUUUAGCUUGGGAGGGUUGAAGCAGCUGGUGAAAAUAUCCGUGUCGCUUUUGGUUACCGGGACGUUUGAGAGCUUCGUAAUUUUUUAAUAUGCCUUAAAAUACAAAGGUUACAUAAAUCAACAAUGUACUAUGCCGCUUGUGCAAUGUGACCAGAAACAUUUUCCUUAUGAGACUUGUCUCGCAGUUCCAGCAGAAAAGUAGUUCAAACUACAUUGAGUUUUUUUUCCGGAGUUGAAAGAUGAGGGAAGUUAAUUUUUUUCGCAAUCGGUGUAUCCACAUAAUUUUGAGGUGUGUGCGGCAGGUCUGAGGGUGCAGGUUUGCUGUCUAUUGUACAUUUAACAUUUGUCGGAUACGAGUAGAUACAGCAACUGUUAAUCUUCAUUUCAGAGCCCUUGCCACGGAGAUGCUGGUGGUGGACUUUUUUGUCGUCCCAAGGAGGAAAAACGCUGGUAUUUAAAUGGCGUCUUGAGCAACGGUGACGAAAAGUGCAUCGCAAAAUGGGCAGUCACCACGAAAUUGACUUCAUUUCUCCAAUGGCUUUCAGAAAAUACUUCUCUGAAAAUUAAAUAA